AUGCUACCAUCAAAGCGCCAAAAAACACGUUCUUAUGAAACGACUGCAUUAGCAGUAUCUCAAUUAGAACUAGAUUGGCUUGUAACACAUAAGAAUGGAGUUGGUUUAAUCAAUACUAAUUCACAAAACAAAUUUACAUUGACAGCUGAUGGUGAAUUCUGUUCUUUUUAUGUUCUUCGUUCUAUUAGAAAAGACAUUCACAACAAGAACAUUGAAAAUAAUUGUGAUCUAUUUUCUUCAUCAUCACAAGCAUCAGCUGUCUCUAUGGCGAGAAAUAUUCAAAAAAUAUCCUCAAGUUUCACCCCAGGACGUCAAGAAAAUCCGUCUGAAUUUCUAAUUUGUCUUUUUACUCAUGUUAAUAAACGUCUUUCAUCUAAUAAUUCAUCAUCAUAUGUUACACAUGCAUUAAGUUCAAUUCAUAUAAUAUUUGGAGUUAAUUUAGAAUCAUCUAUUAAAUGUACAAUGUGUAUGAAUGAAGCUAGCAAACAAAAUUAUGAAAGUGUUUGGUUUAUUUCAAUGGUCUCGCACAGAGCUCCGCGGGACGACCAAAAUUAUGUCCCAUCCCGCUCAAUUUUCAGUUUUACCUUCCCGUCCCAGGACGGGACGGGAUUCAUCCCAGGACGGGACGGGAUUCAUCCCGCGUCCCGCGGAGCUCUGCUUGAUACCAUCUAA